AGUGAGUCUUAAUUACUGGGAGACACACACACCGCCACCCCCGCCAAGUGAGGCACGAGAGCGGAGUUUGAUGCAAACGCAAGAGAUUUAUUUUCUAGUGCAUUGGGGUCGACCUUCAAUCAGCCCCUUGUGACGAGUGACUGGAAGGCGACCCCAAAUGGCUGUAACAAACAGUUUUUAUACUUUCAGAGGUACAGGUUUACAGUUUAAACUUAUAUGACAUGCCUAUCUGGGACCAGAGGGUCAGGUGACUAUCAGUCAGUACUUUCUGUGGAUUUUCAAGAAUGUCCUUGAUCCUCCCAAGAACUGUGGGUGGAGAAUGGAACUUGGCCUAGCCUUGACCUGAGGCAGGAAGCUGGUACUUGGCCUAAUCUUGACCUGAGGCAGUGGGUGUAAAGCUGGCGAAAGCCCAUAGGGUUCUUAUAACCUACCUAUUUUCUACCAGGCCAAGCCUUCUACUAUGCUUCAGUAAGAACUAGGGUCCUUCAGGGUCACGGAGAGAAGCUGAGACUUGGCACUUCCAGAAACCAGAAGGCCAUUGGUGAAGGGGCAGCCUCAGUUGCAGUUGGCAGCCCAAGACUAAAGGGGUCAUGGAAAGAUGUUGGGGCUUGGCACCAUGAAAGGAGCCUAUUAGAGACUACUGGUGAAAUCUACAUGCAGCAGAAGACCCCAGCGUAUUGGAGAUGACACUACCAUGAGAUGACCGCCAUGAAUAGCAGUAGCAGUGGAAUGGAGCCAACCAGAGCCUAGAGUGCUAUAGAGGACAGAGCUGGAGAAGUGACCCAAGCCCUUUGGAGGAGCCCAGAAGACCACAAAUCAUGUGUGGAUCCCAGACAUUGGAACAAGAAACUGUGAAGUUGAAGGAGACCCCCAAGAUGUUAGAGAUGCUAGAGCCAUGAGAUAUCUGCUGAGGAAAGCUGCUAACAGGGAGUGCAGCCAGCCUAAGUGAAAGACGUUUGUUGCAGUCAUCAACACUGAGAGGAGUUGAACAUGGAGAUGUGGAGUUUGGAAUUUGCCCAGCUGGUUUUUGGUCUUGCCCCCAUAAACUCGUGUGUUUGAACAAGCCUAUGAGGACUGGGAGUAGAAUGUGGUGGUUAGAAUGUGCUUGCCACAGGGGGUGGCACUAUUAGGAGAUGUGGCCUUUUAGAAAAAGUGUGUCACUGUUGUGUGAGCUUUGAGAGAACUUCCUCCUAGCUGCCUGGAAGUCAAUCUUCUAGCAGCCUUCAGAUGAAGAUGUAGAACUCCCAGCUCCUCUCACACCAUGCCUGCCUGGAUGCUGCCUCCAUGAUAAUGACUGAACCUCUGAACCUAUAAGCCCUCCCCAGUGCCAUGUUGUCCUUAUAGGAGCUGCCUUGCUCGUUGUGUCUCUUCACAGCAAUGGAAACCCUAAAACAACGAGUAACAGGAUUUUUCAGAGGAAACCUUAAAUUCUUACAAAGUUCUUAAUUCCUCUGGUACUUGUCAGUGUCAAGUUCAAAACUGCUAGAAAUAAUUUGACACUAUUCUUCUAGUUUACCUCGAAAGUCUAAAUAGUUCUCACUGGGUCCAAUGAUUUAUGUCAUUGUUCUCAGAAGAGGAACAAAUGCUGGGCAUUCGUAUCUCCUGGGUUUACUCUGCAGUGCCUCAAGGAGCAGAAGAGAGGCCAUGCUUCCUCUACCUGCAAUCUAUCGAUACCUCACCAAGCAGACCUAGCUGGCCUGGAACUUACAUGUAGACUAGGAUGGCUUUUAAUUGACAGAGAACUUCCUGCUUCAGCCAGGGAUGCAGGUCAGAGCCAUGCACCUUACCUGGGAUGGCUGAGGGCCAGGAGGAAGCCAGUACUUCCUUUUUUCUUUUUAAAAAUAUUUAUUUUUAUAAGUAUUUUGCAUGUAUGUGUGUCUGUUACAAUGUACAGACCUGGCUCCUGCAGAGGCCAGAGGAGCACACCAGAUCCCCUGGGAAUGAAAGUGGGGUCCUCUGAAGUAGGACUCAGUGGUCUUUGCCACUAAACCGUUUCUCAGGCUCCACUCCCAUGCCCCCACCCCACCCCCCAUACCUUCUUCUCAGCUUUACAUCUUCCACUCACAGCUCAGAAAACUAAAACUGCUGUUUGGACAGUAGUGCCAAGUGUCCAACAAUAACUAAGAAUAAGAGGAUGAAGUGGUUCAUAGAGCUGGCAUCCUGAGUCACAUCUGUCUCACCAUGAUUAAUGGAGGAAGGUAACUGAGAGGAGGAGGACCAUCAUGAAAAAGAAACAAAUUGAUAUAAAAGCUUGCCUCUGGCCUUGGAUUAUAACAUCACAAAGCUGUACCUUUUCUUUCUCUGGCUGUCUGGCUCUUCUCUGGGCUCUUCUGGCUUCUCUAGCACUCUCUGCAUUCUUCAUGACCUCCUAAGACCAGACUGAUUCUUGGACCAUGACCUCUCUUGUCAUGCUAAUCUUACAAGUACCCAAUCUUAGUUUAAUUAGCCUGCAUAGAAGCUGGGAAAUGACACUGACCUUUAAAUAGUGCUCUGAGAAACAGUGUUCCCAUUUAGUCAGGGUUAAGAAGGAAGAUAUUAUACUUACUCUUUUUUAAAUUAGUAUUUUUUUAAAAAGUGCCUCAAAGCCAGAGAGAUAACUCAGUGAUUAAGAGCACUUGUUGCUCUUGUAAAAGGCUGGAGAUCAGUUCACAAAACCAAGAUUGAGAUGCUCACAUUCUCCUAUAACUUCAAGGCCAAAGGGUCUGACAUCCUAUUCUAGUCCCUGAAGGUACGUACAUGCACACACACCCACACAGAUACCCACACAUACCUAUGUAUAUAAUAUGCAUACACAUACAUACAUGCACACACACACAUACACACAUGAUGCUCUCACACACUUAAGAAUAAAACAAAUCGGGGUUGGGGAUUUAGCUCAGUGGUAGAGCGCUUGCCUACCAAGCACAAGGCCCUGGGUUCGGUCCCCAGCUCUGAAAAAUAGAAAAGAAAAAAAAAAAUAAAUAAAACAAAUCGGGGUUGGGGAUUUGGCUCAGUGGUAGAGCGCUUACCUAGGAAGCGCAAGGUCCCAGCCCUGGGGGGGGGGGGGGGAGAAGAAGAAGAAGAAAACAAAUCUCUAAUCAAGGUAGUGUCUGACUACAUAACCAGGUUAGCCUUAAAUUUGCAGUCCUCCUUCCUCAGCCUCCCAAGUGCUAGAAUUACAGGUUAGAAUUUUGUCCCAUGCUCAAACCAUAUCACAAAUCGUUCAUGUUCUCCUUUGGUCCAACUUCAAUACAAAUAAUGUAAGUAACAUUAAAUUCCACUGCCGGGUGUGCUGAUGCAUGGCCACCCACUCUGUGCGAACCCUGCACUCAGGAAACUGAAGCAGGAAGUUUACAGUGAGUUCAAAGCCAGUUUGAGCUACACAAACUCCUGUCACAGACUGGUCCCCCAAACUGCUCCUUCCCCAAAAAGGCAAAGCCAAUUACGUUAAAAUUUAAAGAUCACCUAUAUAAAAACAAAACUAAAGCUAGCACAGCUUUUUAGUGCAAACAUCUGUAUUUGUGUAUACAGUCUAUCUGUACAGGUACUGUGAAAGUGGACCAGACAUCUACACUGUGCUCAAAAAUUCCUAGUGUGGUGGUUUGAAUAUGCUUGGCCUAUAGGGAGUGAUACUGUUAGGGGGUGUGGCCACCUUGGAGUGUUACUGUGUGAGUGGGCUCUGGAGGUCUCCUCCUAUGCUCUGGCUUCACUCUUUUUGGAAGAGAGCUUCCUCCAAACUUCCUGAGGGUGCCAGUCUCUCCUGGUUGCCAGAGGUCCUGAGUUCAAAUCUCACAUGGUGGCUCACAACUAUCUAUAAUGAGAUCUGAUGCCCUCUUCUGGUGUGUCUGAAGACAGCUACAGUGUACUUACCUAUAAUAAAAAGAUAAAUCUUUAAAAAAAAAAAAAAAGGAAAGAAAGAAAGAAGACUUGCCAGGUGGUGGCAGUGUACACUUUUAAUCCCAGCAUUCAGGAGGCAGAAGCAGAUGCAUCUCUGUAAGUUCAAGGCCAGCCUCAUCUACGGAGUGAGUUCCAGGACAGCCAGGGCUACAUAGAGAAACCCUGUUUGGAAAACAAACAAUAACAACAACAAAAAAGAAAAUAGACUCAAUUAUGCAAGUAACAAUCUGCUUCCUGCUAUGAUAAACCAUUACUUCCAAAUUCUGCACUUAGGUAGGCAUUUUACCGUGCUUUGGACUUUAUGUGUCAGGGAUAGGGAAGGUUUAGCUGGGCAGUCCCUGGCCAGAGGCCUCUCCUGCAGUUACAAUGACAUGCCAGCCGCACCAUGCUGUCGGACUCUAAGGAAGCACACUUGGUGACAGCUGUUGAUAGCUGUCAUCUGGAGCUCAGCCAGGGCUCCUUACACCUGUGCAGCUACAGGUGGCCGUUCUGGCAGGGCACCUGUUGAAUCCUCACUUAGCCACUGGUCUCCCCACAGAAUGCAUUCUGAAAGAAGUGGGCUGAAGCCACUUGCCCCUUCUGUCCUCGUCUCUGAUGUCAACAUCGUCAAUCCUGCUGCACUCUGUUGGACAGACAAGUGCUGCACCUGCCCAGAUUUGGGGAGGGAGGAGCUGCUGCUUUUGUGUUGUUUGGUGGUCCAAGGGGAUAGACUUUGGAAAGUUCAAAGCCUGCCUGAGCUACAGAGAACAGCAUUAUUUAGCUCAGGCUGGUCUCGAAUUCACAUAGAGUCCUGAUGUCCACAAGUUCACAAUCCUAUUGCCUCUGCCUCUAAAGUGCUGCGAGGCCUGGGCUACUUCAACCAUCUUGAGACUCUGUCUUGUUGUUGAGACAGGUUCUUGUAUGGUAUAGGCUGGCCCCACACUUGCUGUGAAGUCAGGGAGGACGUUGAAUUUCAAUUCUUUUCUUCCUUCAACCCCCAAGUGCUUGGAUUACAGGUAUUCUCCACCAUUCCUGAGCUAAGCAGUGUCUGGGACUGAAUCCAGGGUUUUCUUUGUGCUAAGCAAACAGUCUAUCAACUGAGCUACAUCCUCAGUCCCAAGACUCUACUAAAAAAAGAAAAAAAAAGAUUUAUUUUAUGUGUGUAUGUCUGAGUGUGAAUGAAUAUAUAUGCACCAGCUGAGUGCAGAUGCCCAUAGAGGUAGAGGCCAGAAGAGAGUGUUGGAUCACCUGUAACUAAAGAUACAGAUGGCUGAGAGCUGCCCUAUGUGGGUGCUGGCGUCUGAACCUGGCUUCUCUGCUGCACUCUCUCUCUCCAACUCCAACCAAGGCUCCAUUUUUUUUUUGUUUUUGUUUUUGUUUUGUUUGGGGGUGUUUUGUUUUGUUUUGUUUCUUUGAGGCAGUAUCUCAAACUCAGAGAUCUGUCUGCCUCUGCCUCUCCAAGGGCUUGGAAUAAAGGCAUACACCAUCAGAACCAGUAGAGACUCCAUUUUUAGACCCUUAGAAAAAUGUCAAAGAACUUGAAAGUAACUUUUUUUUAACCUUUAUUUCUGUGGAAGAGGGAAGGGUGUGUGGCUGUCAGCGAACAAUGUAAGGAGAUUGGUCCUCUCCUUCCAUCAUGCGGGUUUCAAGGAUCAAGCUCAGGUCAUCAGGCUUAGCAGUAAGUGCUGCCUUUCCUCGCUCACUAAGAUAUCUCAGGGUCUUUUGUGAGGGAUCUUAGACUCCUACUAGGUAUUUGGAAUAGAAAGAAAGCUCAGUAGUUUAAUAUACAUGCUUCUCUUGUAAAGGACCAGGUUUUGUUUUUCAUCAUCUACAUUGGUUCGAAACUGCCUGUAAUCACAGUUAACGGGUGAUCUAACAUCCUCUCCUGGCCUCCAAGAGCGCCAGGCAGACACAUAGUGCACACACAUAUGUGUAGACAAACCCUGAUUCACACAAAAAUGAAUCUCUUUUUCAAAAAGUCAUCUUGGAUGUUCACUCAUGCAGUUGCUAAGAGGAGAGUUUGCAUCUACAUCCAGUGAAGUUGGGCAGAUUCCAGAGGUAGAAAGGGUAUAGUGACAGGAUACCUGGUGACACUGUGAGCCCUGGAGAUUGUGUUAUAUACUUAAAGGAAAGCUGUUUUUAACUUUGCUGUGGCUCCGUCCUUAGCAUAGCAACUUCAAUCCCUCUGGAUGGAAUUGCCUGACAACUGUGACCAGAUAUUUAGGUACUGAAAUGUCCCAUUGUUUAACGAACAACAUCGUAAUAGCCCCAAAUAGAAAAAAUUAGCAAGAGUAUUUGAACUACAAAAUCCAAGCCACAACCUGUAGGCCAUUAAAGAUAGCUUUUUAAAAAAGGUUUAUAAUGUAGUGGUGGUGCACUACUGAACUCAGGAGGCAGAGGUAGGAAAACAGACUUGAGGAUGGCUUGGUCUACAGAGCAAGACCAUGUUUUUUUUUGUUUUUGUUGUUGUUAUUCUUUGUUUUAAAUCAACACAUUUAUGUCCAGCAUCUUUGUCACUUUGGAUUAUCAAACAUGGAAAGGAAAGAAGCCAGGUGUGGUGGCGCAGGCCUGAAAAACUAGUUCUCUGGAAGUAGACACUGGAGGACCAGGAAAAGUCAAGGUCAUUCUUGACUACACAGGGCAUUUGAACCCAUCCUAGGAUAUGUGAGAUCCUGUCUCAAAGCACUGAGGAGAACGGAGUACACAGACACUUGUAUGGUCAAACAAGACAGGAUAUUUUCUCUUUGUCAAUAAUAAGAUAAUCCACCACAAAGUUAUAGUUCAAAAUAAAAGGUCCUCUUGUCAUUUGGACACCAAAGAUGUUAAGCUGAACUUAACUGGAUUGGGAGCUUAGUAAAGUACGAGACAGAAAAGGACAUAGAGAUCUGAUGUGACCUGGACAGGAUCCAGACCUCCUGGAUAGGAGCAAGGAAGAUGCAUGAGUUUUUCUGAUCAAGGCCUUCUCAGAACUUGAGCAGAUGCGAACUUUUUUAUUUACUUUUUUUUCAGGGACCAAACUUACUGUGUAACCAGAGAUGACCUUGUACUUCCGAUCCUCUUGUCUCCACCUCUGAGGUGCUGGAGUUAGAGAUUAAGUUUUUCAAGCCUGAAGAGUGAACUGUUUAGAAUUUCCCGUUGCCUGAAUCAGUUUGAAGUUCAGUCACUAACCUGGGGUAUAAUAAGCCCUGUCAGAGAAGGGGAGGGGGGCAGAAAGAAAGGAGCAAGGUCCCUCCUUUGAAAGGAGAAGAAAUGGAGAGGAUUUGACAGUGGGAAUAUAGCUCAGUAGCACAGCGCUUAUCUGGUAGGCACAGGCCCCCAGCAUCCUAAUUUUUUUUUAAAGAUGAAGACAGAGAAAAAGAUACUACUACUAGGAAAAUAAAGCUAGUGGCCUAUUGUGUCAAUUUUAUUAUUCAGUAAAUUGGACAAUAUAGUCCCGUGUUCUUCUGCAUGUCUAAUACAUUAGCAGAUAGACUUUAAACUACUCUGAUAAAGUUAUCUCUUGAUAACAAUAAAUCUGUGAAUAGAACAAAAUAUGGCAAGCCACCAAACUGCAGUCUGCAUCUGGAACUUUGUUUUUUUUACCCCGCAAGUGAACUUUUGGUUCUGCAAAUAAUCUAGGGUUGGCUGUGUGCACUGGGAUAGCCAAGAUUGCUUCACGGUCCUCUAAUUAAAGAGAUCUGAUGCGCCCUACUUUGCUUUGUCAGAUUGAUACAGACCAGUGUCAUCUGAGAGAAAGCACUCCAUUGAGGAAUUGCCUAGAUCAGACUGCCCUGUGGGUAUGUGGUUGGUAGGAGGGGAUGUCUGGGGGGUUUGUCUUGAUAGUUGAUGUAGGAGCACCCAGCCCACAGCAGGUGGCAUCAUUCCCUGAGUAGGUUGUCCUGGAUUUUAUAAAAAAAAAAUCUAAGCAUGAGGUGAGCAAGCCAAGAGCAGCAUUCCUCCAUGGUUUCUGCUUCAGUCUCCUGCUUUGAGCUCCUUCCCUGAUUUCCCUCAGCAAUGGACUGCGAUCUAGUAGUAUAAGCCAAAUAAAUCAUUUCCUCAUCAUAGUUGUCCCAAUACACAGCUGGCUAUUUUGAAAUUCUGAGAAGUACAAAUCCUGGUGUGGCCUGAUACAAAGUCUCUUAAAAAAACAAAAAACAGGGGCUGGAGAGAUGGCUCAGCAGUUAAGAGCACCCGACUGCUCUUUCAGAGGUCAUGAGUUCAAUUCCCAGCAACCACAUGGUGGCUCACAACCAUCUGUAAAGAGACCUGAUGCCCUCUUCUGGUGUAUCUGAAGACAGCUACAGUGUACUUAUAUAUAUAAUAAAUAAAUAAAUCUUUAAAAAAAAAAACAAAAAAACAAAAAAAAAAAAAAAACAAAAAACAACACUUUGUAGGGAGAGGGAGACCCGGAGCAUAGCAAUUUUGAAAAGGUCUGGAAGACACAGAUUAGUUUGUAAAUGAUUUCCUUCAUCAGAAAAAGCCAGGAGACAAAAUACUGAGACUGGCUAGGUGUGUUGUAUUGGGUUCUGUCCUCCAGCAAAAGUUUCAGAGGGAUGAAAGCAACAGUCUCUCCUUUGGUGGGUAAAGAAUUAAGGCAGAGAAGUAACUAUUCACUGUGUCAGCUCUGCCAGCUCAUCUCCAAGGCACUUUAAAACGGUGGUUCUCAACAUGUGAGUCUCGACCCCUUGUCGGUCAAACAUAGGGGACACACAGCAGAAAUCCCGCAUACUGCAGUUAUGAAGCAGCAACAAAAUAUUUUUGUGGUGGGGGAGGGGUCAGCACAACAAGAGACACUGCAGCAUUAGGAAGGUUGAGAACCAUUGCUUUAAAAUAACCAGCAUAGCGGGCCAUACUGCUAAUCUGUUCUGCUUGAAGCCAGAUGCUUGAAAUGAUUGCAUUCCUGUCUUUAGAAACAGCAAGGGCUUUGUUUUUACAUAAUUCCCGGUUUUGCUUGCGAGUGUUUUCAGGUAUGUCUUUGUGAGCAUUUGUCUCUAAUGUAAGAAAGAUCCCAGUUCCUCACAUACCUUGCUUCGGCCAGUCAGAGCAACGUAGCGAGAUUUUGUCUCAAAAAACAAAACAAAGAAAUUCAUCUUAAUCAUACACUACAGCAUUUAUCUUUGCAAGCCCUUCAAGAUGUGUGUUAUUUUGUUUAAAAACAAACAAACUAAGCGUUAAAGACCAUCAGCUUUGAUAACGAACAGAGAAAAAGAAGUAGCCUCUGUACUGUGAGGUGAAUGCUCAGAAGGACCCCGGGGAGCAGUGCCACGCAAUGAACGUCGCGCCAAGUGUUUAGACUUGCCCUGGCCAGUGCGUGCCUCACCGCAUCCCGCCAACCUCGCAGUCCAAGCGGUCCUCUCUCAGAAGCUUCUCUAUUUCAGGCCAAGGAAGAAGGAGAAGGCCAGAAGCCAGCGCCCCCGGGCCGACGGCAAAGAUCCUCCCUAAAGCAUCCCGAGAAGGCCCACAAGGGGAAGGGCGAGCUCAAGGAUCGGAGUCUAGAGUGGUUCCCAAAGCCGCCAACAGAUUCCACACCUCUUCCCAGCACAGAGCAGAGCUGAUGACGAAUACAGGAUGCGACGGACGCACACGCAGCCCGCGCUUGCACGACAGUACGUGCAGAGCAGCGCGAGGGAGUCCCGGUCCGUCACCGGCGCGACUCGCGUCCCGCCUCCUCCGCUCCCGCCACCCCCGCAGCUCCGCGACCGCCUCGGUGCGAGGCCUCCGCCGGAGCGAGGCUGCUGGCUCCGGUCCUGUCUCUUUAAGUGGUGGGGCUUGCGGGCCGCCCCUGCCGCUGCUGCCUAGGUGGCCCCGCGCGCCGCUUUUGAGGGGCGAGUCAAGAUGGCGGCGGCUUUGGCUCUGUGAGGAAGACGGAAGAGGCGGCGGAGUAGAGAAGGCGACUUCUAAGAGGAGCCAAGAGUUCUCCGGUGGCCAGAAGCGUUCAGAGUCUCCCGGGAAGUGCUACCUCGUCGGCUUCGGAUGCUCUAAGCGGGAGGAGCGGAGCGGAGGCUCCGGCUGCAGCGGCUGGGCCAGGUACAAGGAAGGAAAACAUGGCGGCGGAGGCCUGAGGAGGCGGCGGCGCGGGAAGCGGCUCUGCGGAGGUCAUGGCGGAGGCAGGAGCAGGGCUGUGAACCGACCCGCACCUUGUCUGAACGGCGGCCCGGUAGGCUGCGCAGUGCUGAGCGUCCCUGUCGGGGCUGCUGGGCGGCCGCGCUCACUCGGCCUGGACAAUAGCGCCGAGGAGAGGGAGACGAGAGAAGGCGGCGGCCCGGGGCUCGGACCCGGGAGCGGGCCAUGCGAGCGGCGGCGCAGCUCCGCGGCGGCCAGCGGCGGCACUGAGGUCUCGGAGGCCCCCGUUUACGGCCGCCCGCUUUUCCUGGACACCGUCCCUGGGCCACUCGGGCGGGGCCCCCGGUCGGCACGAUGACCGACACCCGACGGCGGGUGAAGGUCUACACGCUCAACGAGGACCGGCAGUGGGACGACCGGGGUACUGGCCAUGUGUCCUCCGGCUACGUGGAGAGGCUGAAGGGCAUGUCCCUGCUCGUCAGGGCAGAGAGCGACGGUUCUCUUCUUCUAGAGUCCAAAAUAAACCCUAACACUGCAUACCAGAAACAACAGGACACUCUGAUUGUGUGGUCUGAAGCAGAAAAUUAUGACUUGGCCCUUAGCUUUCAAGAAAAAGCUGGAUGUGAUGAAAUUUGGGAAAAAAUAUGUCAGGUUCAAGGAAAGGACCCUUCAGUGGACAUCACUCAGGACCUGGUAGAUGAGUCUGAGGAGGAGCGAUUCGAUGACAUGUCCUCGCCAGGUCUAGAGCUGCCAUCGUGUGAGCUGAGCCGGCUUGAGGAGGUUGCAGAGCUUGUGGCUUCGUCCUUACCUUCCCCCCUCCGGCGGGAGAAACUUGCACUCGCACUGGAGAACGAGGGUUAUAUUAAAAAGCUUUUAGAGCUUUUCCAUGUGUGUGAGGAUCUGGAAAACAUUGAAGGACUGCACCACUUAUAUGAGAUUAUCAAAGGGAUCUUCCUCUUGAAUCGAACUGCUCUUUUUGAAGUUAUGUUCUCUGAGGAAUGUAUAAUGGACGUCAUUGGAUGCUUGGAAUAUGACCCAACUUUAUCACAACCACGAAAACACAGGGAAUUUUUAACAAAAACAGCUAAGUUUAAAGAAGUAAUUCCCAUAUCAGAUCCUGAGCUGAAACAAAAAAUUCAUCAAACAUACAGAGUUCAGUAUAUACAAGACAUGGUUCUCCCUACCCCUUCAGUCUUUGAAGAAAACAUGUUAUCAACACUUCACUCCUUUAUCUUUUUCAACAAGGUAGAAAUUGUUGGUAUGUUACAGGAAGAUGAAAAAUUUCUGACAGAUUUGUUUGCACAACUAACAGAUGAAGCAACAGAUGAGGAAAAAAGACAAGAAUUGGUUAACUUUUUAAAAGAAUUUUGUGCAUUUUCUCAAACGCUACAACCCCAAAAUAGAGAUGCUUUUUUCAAGACUUUGUCAAAUAUGGGCAUAUUACCAGCUUUAGAAGUCAUCCUUGGCAUGGAUGAUACACAGGUGCGAAGUGCUGCUACUGAUAUAUUCUCAUACUUGGUUGAAUAUAACCCAUCCAUGGUACGAGAGUUUGUCAUGCAGGAGGCACAACAGAAUGAUGAUGUAAGUAAGAAGUUAACAGAGCAAAAAAUAACCAGCAAGGAUAUUUUGCUCAUCAACCUCAUUAUAGAACAUAUGAUUUGUGAUACAGAUCCAGAGCUUGGAGGAGCAGUCCAACUUAUGGGCCUGCUUCGAACUUUAGUUGACCCAGAGAACAUGCUAGCCACUGCCAAUAAAACAGAAAAGACUGAAUUUCUGGGUUUCUUCUACAAGCACUGUAUGCAUGUUCUCACUGCUCCCUUACUAGCAAAUACAACAGAAGAUAAGCCUAGUAAAGAUGAUUUUCAGACUGCGCAGUUACUAGCACUUGUAUUGGAAUUGCUAACAUUUUGUGUGGAGCACCAUACCUACCACAUAAAGAACUAUAUUAUCAAUAAGGACAUUCUUCGCAGAGUGCUAGUUCUUAUGGCCUCCAAGCAUGCUUUCUUGGCGUUAUAAACCGUGUCAGCAUGGUUGCCUGGCUACCUGCUCAUGAAGGACUUGAUUAAUAACAAAUUGGCAAUUUAACGAGCCACUUCCAUGAUCUCCAAAGAAACCAAAAUACAAACACAAAAUUUAAUCUUGCCAACCGAAGACGAUGUGACUACAUGAA